UCUUCCUUCUUUUAUCUUCAACAACAACACCUCUACCUUGUCCUUGUUCAGUCUUGCUAUCCUGCUUAUUGAACGACAGCUAUGUCUUGGUCCGUCCCUGCUCAGGACUCUUUCCCUCCAGCUGCGGCUCCAGGAAACAUGGCUGAGGCUCCUUUCGAUACCGCUGACAUGGCCGCCGCCAUCACCGACGCAACCAACGGUACUGGUGCCCAGGCCCCCAAGCGUGAUGAAGAGAGUUCGAAGCGUGCUCGAGAUCUUGGAUGGGUCGAACCACAGUCGUACAAGUAUGACGCGACUGCUCCCACCGUCAACAUCUAUACUACCAAUGACGUGCCCGAAGUUGAUGAGGAAGAGCAAGUUGUGAGCGUUCACCAGACCAGCACUUGGGCUCACGAUGCCGCCAAGUAUGAGUGGCAGGAAGAGUACGGCGAUGUCGGUCCACGCAAUGAUGCACUUGAGAAAGAACUCUUCCAGGGUGAUCACAUCAAUCGUGCUGGUGAGAAGUUUGCAAAUCUUACCCGCAUUGAGGUCAUCGUCGAGUCCAAGACUCGUGUUGACCCGAUUGGCAAUUUCAAGGACGCUGGCCUGCACCCGGUUAUGCUCGACAAUAUUGCUCUCUGCGGAUACGAAUUCGCUACUCCCAUUCAAGCGUAUGCCAUUCCGGCAGUCAUCACCGGUCACGACAUGAUCGGCGUUGCGCAGACCGGAUCUGGCAAGACUGCGGCGUUCUUGGUCCCUUGCAUCUCCAAGCUUAUGGGCAAGGUCAAGAAACUCGCUGCACCUCGGCCCAACCUCUCCGUUGGAUUCGAUGCUACUCGUGAUCGUGUUCGCGCAGAGCCAUUGAUCCUGGUCGUUGCGCCAACCCGUGAGCUGUGCUGCCAGAUCUUCGACGAAGCACGUCGUCUAUGCUAUCGUUCGAUGAUGCGUCCAUGUGUCGCAUACGGUGGUGCACCCAUUCGUGAUCAGAUCAGUCAGCUGGCUCGUGGUUGUGACCUUCUCGUCGCCACUCCAGGUCGCUUGCUUGACUUCAUGAGUCGUCCUGACGUGCUCUCCUUGUCGCGAGUUCGAUACACCAUCAUCGACGAGGCUGAUGAGAUGCUUCAUGACGACUGGGAAGAGGAGAUGGCAAAGAUCAUGGGUGGUGGAGACGCCAACACCGACGGUGAUCAUCGCUACCUCCUGUUCUCGGCUACUUUCCCCAAGCGCCUUCAGAAGUUGGCUGCCAAGUUCCUUGCUACCGAUCAUGUUCACGUGAGCAUUGGUCGUACUGGUUCUACCCACAUCAAUGUCAAGCAGCAUAUCAUGUGGGCCGAUCAGGACAAGAAGAUGAAGGCCCUGUAUGACUUGCUCAUCUCUAUGCCUCCAUCUCGCACUCUUGUCUUCGUUAGAUCCAAGAAGACCGCCGACUUCGUUGAUGACUACCUCUUCAACUUGGGUUUGCCGUCCACCUCAAUUCAUUCUGAUCGAACUCAGAGUGAACGUGAGGAUGCACUUCGCUCUUUCAAGGCUGGACAGUCUCCCAUUCUUGUUGCCACUGGUGUCUCUGGUCGCGGUCUCGACAUUCGCAAUGUUAUGCACGUCAUCAACUUCGACCUUCCGCUCGCUGAUUACGGCGGUCAGACUGACUACAUUCAUCGCAUUGGUCGUACUGCUCGUAUCGGCAACGAAGGUCUUGCGACUUCUUUCUACAACGACAAGGACGAAGGCAUGGGCCCAUUCCUCGCCAAGAUUCUCAUGGAAACCAACCAGGAAGUUCCCGACUUUUUGGAACAAUUCAAGCCUGAGGAUGGUGUCCUCAACUUCGACGAAGAAGAAGAAGAUCCAGGCAUGGUGACUACUGACGGAGGUCCAGAUGGUGGUGCUGCAUGGGGCUCGGGUGGUGACGCUACCAACAACGGCGGCGGUGAUGCGGGUGGUGACACUGCGGGUGGUGUUGCUUGGGGCUCAGGUGGUGGAAACGACGCUGCCGCAGCUCCAACUGAUACCUGGGGUGCCGGCAAUGACAGUGGUACUGGUACUGGUGCAGCUUGGUAAGCUCCAUUCGGCUUGAGAUGGCCUUCAUGGUUGACGGCAUGCGGAUCAGGUGGUCCAUCCAACAGCCAUCUCACUAUCACCUUAUGAAGAGCUUACCGA